CGAAUUCUUUAAUUUGAUUCCGGGCAAGCAAUACAGCGUGUUGUCACGCAAUCUUUGUCAAGCGAUUCCAGGCCAAAUCUCCGGCAUCUCCGGUGCGAUAUUGUUGUUUAUCUAACGGAUAAUGAAGGAUAGUGAUUGAUUUCAUUCAUCUAUAAAAACCCAGUCCGAAAAUAAAUCGUUCAUUUUCCAAGGAGCAAAUCACAACUAAGGACACAGGACUGCAUUGACGCUAACAAAAUUUGGCGGCAAAGUACUACGACUAAGAGAACUUGAAAUACUUUGUAACGAAGAGGACGUGAAAGGACUCAACAAUGAAAUUGUAUAUAGCUAUUGCUCUAUUAGGGCUAGUGGUGUUUGAAUUAUGUACUGACUUUGCUCGAGCAGAUGACCCUGCAGACGCCACAGAUAUGGACAAACGAAGAGGUUGGGGCAAAAGAGGAUGGGGAAAGAGAGGAUGGGGCAAAAGAUCCGAGGAACAAAUGGACGAUGAUGUUUUAGAUGAAUAUGUCAAAAGAGGUUGGGGCAAACGUGGAUGGGGAAAGAGGGGCUGGGGUAAAAGAUCGUCAAGUAUUGCUGAAAGUUGUGACGAAAUGAACCCAGACCUUGUUUACCUAAUUUACAAAGCUGUAGAGGCUGAGGCCCAGAGGAUGAACAGUUGCAAUAAGGUAGAUUCAUAGGGCACCUUGGCCUGUUUCCUUCUCCACUUUUGACAAUGAAUCUUCCUGUUCUAUACUACAAACCACUGCUAACUAAAACAAAAGAUUCCAACCACCAUUGACA